AUAUGGCGGACGCGCCGACAUAUCGCGGUCCAUAGAAACAGCUGAUAAUAAGGUAUCUACGUGUAGAUUUCUAUGGGGUAACCCCUUCGAAGGGUUCGGGAACUUAUGGUACAGUGAUGAGCCCUUAUGAGUGGAACGCACCCCUAAUGUGUAGCGCGUAGUGGAGGCGUCAUAUCCUCGAAAGGGCGGUGACCGUGCGUGCAAACAGCACCGUCAAUAGUACGGUCGGUGUUCAUAGAACUGGAUUGAGUACUUACAUAUCUGACUAUUUGUAUAGCCCUUUUCCGUCGUCCUUAAGGGGAAAAACGAAUCUCCGUUUUAAACAACUUUUUAAAAACCCCUCGGACAGGGAAAAAUGGGGAAUUGCUACACGGUGGGACCAAACGAAGCCUUGGUGGUAUCAGGUGGCUGCUGUGGCUCAGAUGAGAAGAGCUAUACAGUGGGAGGAUGGGCAUGGGCAUGGUGGCUUAUCACCGAUAUACAGAAGAUAACCCUUGAGAUAAUGACCCUGCAACCCAAGUGUGAGGAUGUAGAGACAGCGGAGGGGGUAGCUAUUACUGUCACAGGUGUGGCACAGGUGAAGGUCAUGAACGACAAAGAGUUACUGGGUUAUGCUUGUGAGCAGUUCCUGGGGAAGACAGUUGCAGAGAUUAAAAGUGUAAUUCUGCAAACACUGGAAGGUCAUUUACGCUCUAUUCUGGGGACUCUGACGGUGGAGCAGAUCUACCAGGAUAGAGAUCAGUUUGCCAAGCUGGUAAGGGAGGUGGCGGCCCCUGAUGUUGGCAGGAUGGGUAUUGAGAUACUCAGCUUUACAAUUAAGGAUGUCUAUGAUAAGGUGGAAUAUCUGAGCUCUUUGGGUAAAUCUCAGACUGCUGCUGUUCAGAGAGAUGCUGAUAUCGGAGUGGCUGAGGCAGAGAGAGAUGCUGGGAUCAGGGAAGCAGAUUGCAAGAAAGAGAUGAUGGAUGUGAAGUUCCACGCUGAUACAAAAAUGGCUGACUCAAAGCGAGAGCUGGAGAUGCAGAAAGCUGCUUUCAAUCAAGAAGUGAACACAAAGAAAGCUGAAGCGCAGUUGGCCUAUGAGCUUCAGGCGGCAAAAGAGCAGCAGAAGAUCCGAUUGGAGGAGAUUGAGAUUGAGGUGGUUCAGAGGAAGAAGCAGAUCUCCAUUGAGGAAAAGGAGAUUGUCAGGACAGAUAAAGAGCUGAUUGCCACUGUGAAAAGACCAGCCGAGGCUGAAGCUUACAGGAUGCAGCAGCUUGCAGAGGCAAACAAGAUGAAGAAGGUGUUGACAUCACAGGCUGAAGCGGAGAAGAUCAAGCGCAUUGGAGAAGCAGAGGCCGGUUCAAUUGAAGUUGUUGGUAAAGCUGAAGCUGAAAAGAUGAGGCUCAAAGCUGAAGCUUAUCAGCAGUACGGUGACGCUGCAAAGACUGCUCUCGUCCUAGAGGCUCUACCACAGAUUGCAGGGAAGGUGGCGGCACCCUUGGCCCGUACCAAUGAGAUUGUAAUCCUAAGUGGAGAUGGUGGCCGUGUAACUGGGGAAGUGAAUCGACUGCUGGCUGAACUUCCUGUCUCUGUAAAUGCCCUCACGGGAGUGGAUCUGUCCAAGAUGCCUUUGCUUCAGAAAAUGAUCAACCCUCAGGCAUGAGCACCCCCCUUUCCAACACAUCAGUUACAUGCAUUUCAACAUUGAUUGCUUUGAAAGAGAGAGAGAAAAAAAAAAAAAAGCUUGAAAGCAGUUUUCUUUCUACUGAAAAGUGGAAUUGAUAUUCUAGA